CUCUUUUCUUCCCCCUUUUUUUUCAAAAAAAUAAAUGUUUCGUUGUAGUUUACAAGGUCAUCGUCGACUUUAUUCAACAAAACCUUUAUUCCCCACUAAAACUAUUCGAACUCUCUUAUCCGAAAAACCUCAACCCAAUGUUACUAUACGUGGUUGGAUAAGAUCCGUUCGUCAACAAAAACAAUUGUCUUUUGCCACCAUUAACGACGGUUCUACUCUGAAAGGUAUUCAAGCUAUUUUGAACGACGACCAACCUAUCCACAAGUUAUCGACUGGAACAUGUGUAGAACUACAAGGGAUAUUAGCUACAAGUCCAGGCAAGGAACAAAGUAUGGAAUUACAAGUCAAUAAGGUCAAAAUUUUAGGUGAAUGCGACAGUACAUAUCCACUUCAAAAGAAACGACACACACUCGAAUUUAUGCGAACAAUUAAUCAUCUAAGAUCUCGUGCAAAUACUGGUAGUGCUGUACUACGAAUUAGACAUGCUGCUAGUGAAGGUCUUCAAAAGUUUUUUGCUAAUCAAGAAUUUAUUCAAGUGAACACGCCAUUAUUGACAUCAUCGGAUUGCGAAGGAGGUGGUGAAGUAUUCAGUGUAGCUCCUUCCGACUUUUUUAAAAAACCUGUGUAUUUGACAGUGUCAGGACAAUUACAUGCGGAAAUCAUGGCUACGUCAAUGGGACGUGUAUAUACCUUUGGACCAGUGUUUCGUGCAGAAGAAUCUAUGACAUCAAGGCAUUUGGCAGAAUUCUGGAUGGCAGAAGCAGAAAUGACAUUUAUUGAUUCAUUGGAUCAACUGUUAGACGUGACAGAAGCAAGUAUCCAACAAACAACUCAGCAUGUGAUGACAACCUGUCAAGAGGAUGUGGCCUUUUUCAAUCAAUGGAUCGACAAACAUUUAUUGGACAAGUUACAAAAGAGUGUGGAUAAACCAUUUGUACGAAUGACAUAUACGGAAGCUAUCGAUAUUUUACAGCGAAGCAAAAAGAAAUUUGAUUUUCCAACAACAUGGGGUUCCAGUUUACAAUCUGAACAUGAGCGCUACUUAGUCUCGGAUGACUGUUGUGGGCGACCAGUAUUUGUGACCGACUAUCCAAAGGAAUUAAAACCCUUCUAUAUGCGUGAUAAUCUCGAUGGAAAGACAGUGGGUUGUUUUGAUCUAUUGAUACCUGGUAUUGGUGAACUAGUGGGUGGAUCCAUGCGUGAAGAACGAUAUGAUGUUUUACAGUACAAGAUGGAAAUGGCCAAUAUGAAUUGUGAAGAUUAUCAAUGGUAUUUGGAUUUGCGAAAAUAUGGUUCGGCUCCUCAUGGUGGUUAUGGUAUUGGCUUUGAACGUUUGAUGUUAUGGUUGACUGGUCUUGAUAAUGUCCGCGAAGUGGUACCUAUCCCUAGAUGGGUUGGUCAUUGCAAAUAUUAGUGUAUUUUCUCUCUUUUUUUUUUAUUAUAUAUGUAU